AUGUUUGGAUUUCCUUCGCUUAGAACUACUCUGCUGACAAGUCUGUCUUCCGUCUGCCAAUACGACUUUUGCGAGCGCGUCCCUACUCUUCGAGACCGCCCUACUUCCGCCUACCGCGCGGAUCUGCAGCAACCAGAGGGCACCCACCUUGAUGCGCGAGUUGCCGGUGUCGACGACGUAGACGGUGCCCGCGGCGUCCACAGCCACCGCCACGGGCUGCAGGAAGUCGUCCUUGCCCGGCCCGCGCCCGCCUUUUCGUGCGGCCACAUCCGGAAGGAACGAGGGCCUGGCGGGGCGCUCGUGACGGGCAUCGCCGUGUCGUGCCGCCCGGCCUCGUCGUCGUCACUGGCGGACGCGCGAGGUCACCGAGAUGACGGUGCAGGGCGACACCGGUGGCGCGCAUUCUCGCACCCGCCUUCCAGGAGCCCACGGACGUGGCGUGACGCCGGCUUAACGGCCACGGUGCUCGUCGCCGACAACCGGCCAUCAGCUGCGUCUUCCGUCUUCGACGCGGACCGGCAAGCUGUCUUCUUC